UCAGCCCCCUGCCCCCCGCCGCCUGCUGGGCCGGGCCGAGGAUGCAGCGUAGCCCCUCGUUGGUGGCCAGGCUCGCUCCGCUCCAGCGUGCUUGCUAACUUCCCCGGCUCCGUCCCUGCCUGCCGGGGCCGCUCCGUGUCCCCGAGCCCUCCGGGUCUGGUUCUCUAAGCUCUCCGGGCGCUGCCUCCGGGUCCCUCGUAGCCCGCCCGCGAGCUCGCGCUCCCCCCGCUGUGCCCCCAUCCUUGUCCUCACCAUGCUGCCCUUCGGCCUCGUGGCCGCCCUGCUGCUGGCCGCAGGGCCUCGGCCGAGCCUGGGCGACGAAGCCAUCCACUGCCCCCCUUGCUCCGAGGAGAAGCUGGCGCGCUGCCGACCCCCCGUGGGUUGCGAGGAGCUGGUGCGGGAGCCCGGUUGCGGUUGUUGCGCCACUUGCGCCUUGGGCUUGGGGACGCCCUGCGGGGUGUACACGCCACGCUGCGGCUCAGGCAUGCGCUGCUACCCGCCCCGGGGGGUGGAGAAGCCCCUGCGCACUUUGAUGCACGGGCAGGGCGUGUGUACUGAGCUGUCGGAGAUCGAAGCCAUCCAGGAGAGCCUGCAGCCCUCUGACAAGGAUGAGAGCGAACAUCCCAACAACAGCUUCAACCCCUGCAGCGCCCACGAUCAUAGGUGCCUGCAGAAGCAUAUGGCCAAAAUGCGAGAUCGGAGCAAGAUGAAGGUCAUGGGGACACCCCGGGAGGAACCCCGGCCUGUGCCGCAGGGCUCCUGCCAGAGUGAGCUGCACCGGGCCCUGGAGAGACUGGCUGCCUCGCAGAGCCGCACCCACGAAGACCUCUUCAUCAUCCCCAUUCCCAACUGUGACCGCAAUGGCAACUUCCACCCCAAACAGUGUCACCCCGCCCUGGAUGGACAACGCGGCAAGUGCUGGUGUGUGGAUCGGAAGACAGGAGUGAAGCUUCCAGGGGGCUUGGAACCCAAGGGGGAGCUGGACUGCCACCAGCUGGCUGACAGCUUCCAAGAGUGAGGCCUGCCAGCAGGUCUCCAGGUCACCUCCCAACCCCCCAUCUAGAGAAUCCCAGCCAGGCUGAUGGAGCCUGUGAGUCGAAACUUCAAGGAACUGGCUCCCCAGGCCCUUACACAGUCUCUAAAGUGCAAACAACAUAUUUUCACUAUGCAAUGGUAUUUAAUUACACAUAAAAACAGAGCCAUUAAACUGAAAUUAAACCCUU